AACAAGUCUCCAGUCAACACAGAGUAGAAGAAGAAGAACAAGAUGGCGGAACGAGGCUACAGUUUUUCCCUCACCACAUUUAGCCCCUCGGGUAAACUGGUCCAGAUUGAAUAUGCCCUGGCAGCAGUAGCAGCCGGAGCUCCCUCCGUUGGCAUCAAAGCUUCCAAUGGAGUUGUUUUGGCAACAGAGAAGAAACAAAAGUCCAUUCUGUAUGAUGAGCAAAGUGUCCAUAAAGUGGAGCCCAUCACUAAACACAUAGGCAUGGUGUACAGCGGCAUGGGGCCUGACUACAGGGUUUUAGUGCGACGAGCCCGGAAGUUGGCACAACAGUACUUCCUGGUUUACCAGGAGCCAAUCCCCACAGGCCAGCUUGUCCAGAGAGUGGCCUCUGUAAUGCAGGAGUACACACAGUCUGGAGGAGUGCGUCCGUUUGGCGUUUCAUUGCUGAUUGCUGGAUGGGAUGAAGACCACCCCUACCUGUUCCAGUCAGACCCCUCUGGUGCAUAUUUUGCAUGGAAAGCCACAGCAAUGGGAAAGAACUACGUAAAUGGAAAAACAUUCCUUGAAAAAAGGUAUAACAAUGAUCUGGAGUUGGAGGAUGCCAUCCACACAGCCAUCUUGACACUCAAGGAGAGUUUUGAGGGUCAGAUGACAGAGGAGAACAUCGAAGUGGGGAUCUGCAAUGAGGCUGGCUUCAAAAGACUCACCCCAGCGGAGGUUAAAGACUACCUGGCAGCCAUUGCGUGAACACACCUUCCCUUUUAACAGGGCUCUGGCCACAUUUCAAGACCUAAACGCACAGUAGCCAACAGUCUCAUGCCACAUUAUUGUUAAACACCAAAGUUGUUCAGAUAGAGUUUGGCCACACUGGGUUAGGACCACACUGUUUCGGUCAUGAAAACAUGAGAGGACGCCUGCCAUAACUUAACUGUAUUGAGGAUUAUUGAUGCAAGCUGGCUGAAUCAGAAUCAGCAGCUCAUGUGGCUGCCACUCACAACUGUUCUGACUAAGAUCUCAGUGGCUGCAAAAUGGCAAACUUAUGUUAUCACAUAACUAAUUGGCUUUGUUGUCAAAUACAUACCCUGGUACUGUGAAAAGUGACAGUUGGCUGCUGUGCAUAUGAAAUGAAUGUGGGCUCUGAUGAUUAAAAUCUCAAGUCUUUUCAUUGAAUCCUUCAGUUUUCUUAUUUCUCGUUGCUGUUGCAAAGGCAGUUCUAUCAGUUUUCACAUAAAGCUUUAUGCAUUUAUUUUGAAAUUCCAUUGUGAAAAAUGGCCUCUGGUUUAACAAAUUAAAAUAGAAAUGAGGCUAGAGGCCAGUUAUUAAAGACCAGAGAGGGUUCUACUCUCUGGGGGGAUUUACUCAUCCUGAACAUUUUUCCCUAAAUCCUCCUGAUGGCACUUCAUUAGCACUCCUCAAACACUUGGUAUGAGGAUCAGUAAAAAGGAAGGAUGCAAUGGAAAAUUUGAGAUUUUACAUUUAGUAUCCGGUUGCCUGUACAGCAGUUUUACACAAUGUACUUUUUUUUCCAGGCUAGAAACAAUUCUAGAGUUUGUAUUUUCUCUUCUGUCUCUGUCACUUAUUCAAAUAAAAGAUGGUGAGUUGA